AUGCGGCCUGUCAGAACUAUCCUCAUCGGCGCGCUUCUCCUGGUGUGCCUCCACGUGGCAUAUGCCGGAUUUCCCGGGUUUGGCGGCAAGAAGAAGAAGGCAUGUGACCUCUCCGUCGGGAGCUGGGCCCCGUCGACCAAGUACCCGGUAUACGAUUCCUCGUGUCCGUACAUUAGCCAGGAGUUUAACUGCGAAAAAAACGGGCGACCGGACGGCGACUUUCGCCACUUCGAGUGGAAGCCAUCGGGUUGCAAGCUGGUUCGGUUUGACGCGAAGAAAUUCGCGAUGACUUUCGUUGGCCAGGCCGUGGCGAUCGUGGGCGACAAUUCUGGGCUGUACAUGUACCAGUCGCUCAGAUGUCGCCUAGAAGCUGCGAACUUUAAGACCGAGAGUUUCAAUCCGUCUACGAUUGGCUGGACCGGCGAUGGUUUCAAGGUCAAGCCUUGGGGGGUGAAGGUCGUGUUCGUGCACGCACCGUUCCUCACCGAAGCGGAUCCAAUGGACCCGGAAUCCUCCAACCGCACGUAUUACAGCAAGGGCCGGGCGAUUGCCUCGCAGCCUAGCGGCAUCGCUGCUCUUAACAUUGUGCUGCGGAACAUUGCAGAUUACAUCAAGUCCAACGUCAUGCUAGAAUCCUCCAACCGCACGUAUUACAGCAAGGGCCGGGCGAUUGCCUCGCAGCCCAGCGGCAUCGCGGCACUCAACAUAGUGCUGCGGAACAUCGCAGAUUACAUCAAGUCCAACGUCAUGCUGGUUCAGCCCUACGCGCUCUCCAUCCCGCCCGCGCACAUGCCAAACAUGUUCCAAUACGCCGACACCACUUGUGCGCUUUUCGCGGGACCUUUGUCGAGUACAGCCACGGAUCUAGCCAAGGCGCGGAGCAGCGUUGUCGCGUGGACCAACGCGCAAAUCAAUGCGUUAUCGAAAUCUCGGGUGAAGCUGCUUAACAUCUUGUCGCUGUCGCUCUAUAGGGCGGAUGCACACGUGGGGACGUAUAGACCGGCGGGAGGUUCGACGGAAAUGGACUGUGCUAAGUGGUGCUUGCCAGGAGUUCCAGAUGUGUGGCUGGAUUUGUGGUACCACCAGGUCAGCGACCCAUUCAACCUCAAACCGUGA